UAAAGAUCUAAGCAUGCCUGGAUUUCACUUUUGUUAUUUUUUGUCGAAGAUAUGGAUGGAAAAAAGUCUGGGAUUUUGUAUGGCUGCUAGCUUUCCUAUGAAAAACCAAGCAAGCUCCACCAGCCAAACGAAAAGAAGUUGUUUCUGCAUUGCAUUCGUGCAUUUACGUGCUGUGAUUCAUUGCUAAUGAUUCUUUGAAACGAACGAAACAGAGGACGAAAAAGCUCUGUUCUCUUGCCAUUUUCGCAUCAAUUCAUGGUGGCUCUCGCUCACAGCAGCUCUCAGCUCCUCCACUGCCCGCCACCGCCCGGCCGCCUCCGCCCUCCUCGGCGGAAAGCCGUGGUGAGGUGCGGAAUCGCGGAGCCAUCGGGGGAGCCGGCUCCGAUGGGGCAGAAGACGAAGUACAGGGACGGGUUCUUCGAGAAGGCGUUCAUGACCCUGUUCGCACGCAAGAUGGAGAAGUUCGCGGCGUCGCCGGCGAGGGCCCGAGGAGGAGGCGGCGGCAGUGGCGAGAGGCCGAAAGGGUGGCUCGAGUACGACUACGAGAGCUUCGUGGACGUGUCGAAGAGGGUAAUGCAGGGGAGGUCUCGGGCUCAGCAACAGGAAGUGGUCCGAGAAGUGCUCAUGUCGAUGCUUCCUCCCGGUGCGCCUGCUCAGUUUAGGAAGCUGUUUCCGCCAACAAAGUGGGCUGCUGAGUUCAAUGCUGCACUAACCGUGCCUUUCUUCCACUGGUUGGUUGGGCCUUCCGAGGUUGUGGAGGUAGAAGUAAAUGGAGUGAAGCAAAAAAGUGGAGUGCACAUUAAAAAGUGCAGGUACUUGGAGAAUAGCGGUUGUGUAGGGAUGUGUGUAAACAUGUGCAAGAUACCCACUCAGGAUUUCUUCACCAAUGAAUUCGGGCUACCCCUCACCAUGAUUCCAAAUUUUGAAGAUAUGAGCUGUGAAAUGGUGUAUGGUCAAGCUCCACCGCCAUUUGAAGAGGAUCCUGUGUCUAAUCAGCCUUGUUUUGCAGAUAUUUGCUCAAUCUCAAAUCCUAGCGCUAGCAUCUGUACGAAACUGCAAGCUUGAUAAAGAUCUCGUGAGCUUUAUUUAUUUAUACAGCAGAUUCAAUCAUCCAUUGCAGUCCAUCAUAUCCACAGAUUAUAGGGUUAAACAUGCCAAACCAUUUUUAUACCAGUUAUCAACUAUGUCUUGAUUCGGAAGAAAGAGAUGCGGAUUACACAUUUGUUGUCAUUUAUCUUGGAAAUAUACGAGGAAGGUAUUGCUAGGUCUACCAUUUGUCUGUAUAAUUAAAUCCUGAACCUGAGAUGUACAUUCUCAAGGAAACAUAUCCAUGUACCACUCAAUGUACAUUUAGAAUAUGUAGUAAGUGUCAUAAAUGGUGCCCGACAGGAGUUAUGCAAUAUGAUGAUUUUCUCUUCACAA